AUGCAUCUCUUCGCUGUCCUCCCCCUCCUCUCUCUCCUCACCCCCCUCAUCACCGCCUUCUCCUCCCCCCUCCCCUGCACCGGCACCUGCACCAACACCCACGACCCGGCUCUCCUCCAGCGCGGCUCCGACGGCACCUACUUCCGCUUCGCCACCGGCGGGCGUCUCCCCAUCCACACCUCCCCUUCCCUCACCGGACCCUGGACGUACGUUGGCGACGUCCUCCCUGAAGGCGGCAGCAGCAUCGACAACCCCGGCGCCGACGACGCGUGGGCGCCCGAUGUCCAUGAAGUGGACGGGACGUACUAUUGCUACUACUCCGUCUCCUCGUUCGGGACGCAGGACAGCGCCAUUGGCGUCGCGACCUCUUCCUCCAUGGACCCCGGAACCUGGACGGACCACGGCGCCACUGGUUUAAGCUCCAGCGAGGGUGAUGACUACAACGCCAUCGACGCCAACCUCGUCGUGCAGGCGGACGAAGGCGAAGCGCAUCUGGCUUUCGGCAGCUUUUGGGGGGACAUCUUCACCACGACCCUCGCCUCCUCUCUUCUGACGAUCAGCGGGGAUGCUUCGCCGGUGCAGAUCGAGCUGAAUAAUACCGGGACCCGGCCGAGCGAGGGCGCUUAUAUCCACCAGCGGGACGGGUCGUUUUGGCUUUUCUUCAGCAGUGGGAUUUGCUGCGGAUACGACGGCGACCGUCCGGCUCCGGGGGAGGAGUAUAAAAUCAUGGUCUGCAAGUCGGACGCCGUGGAAGGACCAUACGUCGACGCCGACGGAACCUCCUGCCUCUCAAACGGCGGCACGCUAGUCCUGGGCUCGCACGACAACGUCUACGGCCCCGGCGGCCAGGGGGUUUAUGCCGAUGCCGAGUAUGGGGAUGUGUUGUAUUAUCAUUAUGUUGAUACUAACAUUGGGUACUCGGAUGGGCAGAAGCAGCUGGGAAUUAGUGUGAUUGAUUGGAGUAGUGGGUGGCCUGUCGUCUGA